AUGAGCUAUGUGAUGAAUCAGGGUUAUCAAGAAGAAGAUCCUAGGAUGAUGAGAUAAUAUAUUAUAAAAUAGAAAGAAUAAAAAUUGAUUUCAACAAGAAGACUCAAAAGAUUGUUAAGUAAGAAAUCUAUUGAUAAAGUGAGAUUAGCAUAUAAAGCUUAUUUUUAUAUGUAAUUAUUGUUGUAUUGGCAUUAAUUUUUUCAUCUUAAAGGGAUCAAUCAGUUUAACAGGGUGAUUAUGAAUAAUUUUUAGAUAAUAUGGUUUCGGAUUUAAUAGAUGAUAUUCAAUUUACUUAUACAUAUAAAUAUUGUUAGAGUUAAUUUGGAAAGUGAAGUAUAUGAUAAGAUUUAAAAUUUUAGUAUCCUUCAUUAUCUGAAUAUUAUUGGGCUUGGAACUUUGAUUUGAUGUGAUUGUAGUUAAGAAUUAACUCUACAUUAGAAAAUGUUGUCAAAUGGUUAUAUUACUGUGCAUGAAUAAUAACCAAAAAUUUUUAUUUCUUGAAAUGAUGAUUCUUAUGAAAGAGGUAAAUGAAAUAAAUUUAUUAUUAUCGCACUUGUUUUAUAUGUUAGAAGAAAGAUUGAAUUAAGUUUAUAAACUAAUUAAAGUUAUUGUGAAUCUGAAUAAGAAACUAUAUGUGGUUUAGGAGAAAAUAGAUUGUGUAUUCAAUCUAAUAUGAGUUGUCCUGUCUCUCAGAUUAGAUUUAGUAUAAAUUUUAAUUACUAAAAUUUAUCAAAAUUAAACAAUACUAAUCUCAGAUAUUUUUUUGAUUUAGGAAAAGGUUUUUAUUUUUAUUAUUUAUAAGAUACAUCAACAUACCUCAUUGAGUUUAGAGUUACUGAAAGAAGUAAAGUUUGA